GAAGUCUGUCGCAACGUGCAGCAAAGGGGUUAGGCCCCGCAAUGUUUUCUGCCAUAUAAACACACUCGAAAGUUGUCUGCUACGAUUUGCUAAAUCCCGUGCCGCCUGCGCCCAAAUCCUGAUACGAAGGGUUCGCCUGAGAGCAAACUUAAAGCUGCGUCUGCCGUCAACCCUUCCCAUCCCAAUCUCAAGCCAUGGCCCUCAACAACGCGUCUGGGAAUUCCAUCACCGAGAAUCCCGCUGGGAAUGUUGCUAACGAUGGCACUGGCAUCGUCCAGCUGGAUCCGUGGCUCUCCCCUUUCAAGGACGGCCUCCGCACUCGAUACGCCAAAGCCCAGGAAUGGCUGAAGACGAUCCAGGAUACUGAAGGUGGAUUAGAGAAGUUUUCAAGAGGCUUCGAGAAGUUUGGUUUCAACGUCAAGGAAAACGGCGAUGUCGUAUAUCGAGAGUGGGCCCCAAAUGCACUCAGAGCAUAUCUGAUAGGAGACUUCAACAACUGGGACAGGGAUGCAACUCCCAUGACGAAAGAUAACUUUGGUGUUUUCGAAGUGACUGUGCCAGGCAAGGACGGCCAGUCAACGAUACCCCAUGACUCGAAGCUCAAGAUCUCCCUCGUCGUCCCUAAUGACCAUGCGCGUCAGGAGCGCAUACCCGCUUGGAUCACACGAGUCACCCAAGACCUCAACAUCUCUCCUGUUUACGAUGCCCGCUUCUGGAAUCCUCCAAAAGAAUCGAAGUAUAUCUUUAAGAAUAAGAAGCCGUCUAAGCCCCAAAGCGCUCGAAUUUAUGAAGCCCAUGUCGGAAUAUCGUCCCCCGAUCCGAAAGUGGCGACAUACAAGGAAUUCACCGAGAACGUACUCCCUCGAAUCAAGCAUCUAGGAUACAAUGUCAUUCAGUUGAUGGCAAUCAUGGAGCAUGCGUACUAUGCCAGCUUCGGAUACCAGAUCAACAGCUUCUUUGCUGCAAGUAGUCGGUACGGCUUCCCAGACGACUUGAAGGAGCUCAUUGACACAGCCCAUGGAAUGGGCAUCACGGUCCUACUGGAUGUAGUGCACAGCCACGCCUCCAAGAAUGUCCUCGAUGGGCUGAACAUGUUCGACGGUAGCGACCACCUGUACUUCCAUGAGGGUGCAAAGGGUCGCCAUGAGCUCUGGGAUAGUCGGCUGUUCAACUACGGCCACCAUGAAGUGCUGCGAUUUCUACUCAGCAAUCUCCGCUUCUGGAUGGAUGAGUACCAGUUCGACGGCUUCAGAUUUGAUGGCGUGACUAGCAUGCUCUACUCCCACCAUGGUAUUGGAACUGGUUUCUCCGGUGGCUAUCACGAGUACUUCGGUCCUGCCGUUGACGAGGAAGGCGUGGUGUAUCUCAUGCUCGCUAACGAGCUGCUUCAUGAGCUGUACCCUGACGUCAUUACCAUUGCAGAGGAUGUGUCGGGCAUGCCUGGCCUGUGCGUGGCCUUGUCGCUUGGUGGCAUUGGAUUUGACUACAGGCUUGCUAUGGCGAUUCCUGACCUGUACAUCAAGUGGCUUAAGGAGAAGCAAGACAUCGACUGGGACAUGGCUAACCUCACCUUCACCCUGACCAAUCGUCGGCAUGGUGAGAAGACAAUCGCGUAUGCGGAGAGCCACGACCAAGCUCUUGUCGGAGACAAGUCCCUCCUUUUCUGGCUCUGCGAUGCCCAGAUGUACACAAAUAUGUCUGUCCUCAGUGAGCUAACGCCGGUCAUCGAUCGAGGUCUGUCGCUUCACAAGAUGAUCCGUCUCAUCACACAUGGGCUGGGUGGUGAAGGAUAUCUGAACUUUGAAGGCAACGAGUUUGGACACCCCGAAUGGCUCGACUUCCCUCGCGAAGGAAACAACAACAGCUUCCAUUACGCCCGAAGACAGUUCAACCUUGUGGAUGAUCAAUUGCUCCGAUACCGAUUCCUCAAUGAGUUUGAUAGUAAGAUGCAGUGGACUGAAGAGAAGUAUGGCUGGCUGCAUUCUCCGCAAGCAUACGUGAGCUUGAAGCAUGACGGCGAUAAGGUGAUUGUGUUCGAACGGGCAGGGCUCUUGUGGAUCUUCAACUUUCACCCCCAGAGCAGCUUCACUGACUAUCGUGUGGGUGUUGAGCAGGAAGGCACCUACAGGAUUGUCAUCAGCACAGACAGCAAAGACUUUGGAGGUCAUGGAAACGUUGAUGAGACCACAAGGUUCUUCACGACGCCCUUCACAUGGAAUAAUAGGAAGAAUUUCCUGCAAGUCUAUAUCCCAAGCCGGACCGCCAUUGUCCUCGCGCUCGAAAGCACUUUGUAGGAAUGUGUGUGUUUGUGGAUUGCAUGUUAGCCGCUACGGAUGCGUGAAUCUGGAAAUAUUUGAGGUAUCUGUAUUGUAACGACUUCUCUUGAGGGUGCAAAGCCUUCAUCCACUAGACAUGGGGAAUUAAUUUGACCGAAGGUCCGCGUGAAUGAAUACC